AUGAAACCCAGGCGCGAGUCUGGACCAUCACAGCUAGGAUGUCCCUAUUGCGAUCGCACAUUUAUGCGGCAGGAGCAUAGAGAGCGGCAUAUUCAUUCGCACACCAAGACAAAACCAUUCACCUGCGAGGUGUGCAAAAGAAAGUAUGGCAGACGGGAUGUCUAUCAACGUCAUUUAAGGUCCCAGCAUCCUGAACAAACUUCUCUCCUGGCGAUUGACAAGAGGAAAGGACAAGGCGCUUGCGACAGCUGCCAUAGCCGCAAAGUGAAAUGCAACCCGGCCGAGCAUUCCUGCGAGCGCUGUCUUCAGGAGGGUAUCAAUUGCACGUUUCUACGCACUUUGGGUAACCAAACUACCCAUGCCUCAUCCCAAAUAAACUCUGUUCAAGAUUCAAUCCCUCAUGCGAAUUUUCUUGAUCUCCAAGGACCUUCAAGCAAUCCGGCUUGGCAUCAAGACAGUGGCGGUAGCUCACAAGGGGCUCUGCUUUCAACCCCAUCCGUCAACUUGCCGUUCCAAGAUGUCGGCUUUGCGGAAGAUUUUACUCCAGGAUUACUGGACUUUGACUUUACGCAAACUGCAUCAUAUUUUGACUUCAAUAUCCUGGAUCAAAUACCGCCAUUUCCCUCGCUGGACCUUUUACCCACCCCUCCUGUAUCCGAAAGGCCACCGGAGCCACAGUCGUCCCGUGUAAAGGGUGCAUAUGCUCGCCUUCAGGCUUAUGCAUCUCCAACAGACCUCUCGCGACCUGCUUCUCCAGCAGCCAGGGCAGAUCAUGAAAGCUGGUUGCAUCGCUUAGGCAGGAAGCAGAAAGUGCAGUACGAUCCACUGGUGAUAAACGUAUUUCUCAACCUCUUCCGAGUCUAUAUGGCCACAACUUUCCGGUGCUUUGAUGGCUUCGCAGUUACCGACUCUACCCCCGUAGAACUCUGGACGUCAAUGGCAUCCGUCGGGGCAUUAUAUUGUACGACGCCAGGUUCUAUAAAGAUUGCAAAGUCGCUUUAUAACCACGCACGUAUUUUACUCCUUUCAAAAGUACACCACAGAAUUACUUCGCCUAAUGAUGACCAGCUGGGAACUCUACAGACGUACAUGCUCCUCGAGUUGUUCGGAUAUUUGAGUGGCGACGAUAGGUUCCACGAAAUUGCUGAGGUUUAUCACUGGGAAAUGGUCCAGAUUAUCAGUACUUUCAAGUUAUGGUCACCUUCAAAUUCCGAGCGGGAAGCAGAGCGCAAAACGACGAUCGAAGGUAUAUGUAUUCUGGAAUGCUAUCGAGUGACCAUUCUCCAUGGUUCUGCCACCUUCGGUGUGCCGCCUCCGGGUGUCUCUGCAGGGUCUAGUAUCUCUAUAUCGGCGAAUGGACAAGCGGGCCCAAGUGAUGGAGGUCUUAUGGCGCAACUGCGGUGGAUAAUGUCAACCAACCCGACAAUGCCACCACCUGAAGAUAUUUUUAACCCCGCCGAGAUAUAUGAUAUGUGGAGCUUAUGCUGUUUAUCGCUACUUUUACCUUGGGCUGCGAUAAAGACUACAGUUCAAAAUGACCAACCAACCUUUGACUACUCUCGCCGCAGAGAGGUCCUCGAGUCGGCUCUUCACAAAUGGUUCACUAUCACCAGAGGCCAAACGCCUAUACCAACUUUGAUGCUAUUCCAUAUGGUGUCUCUCAACCUUCAUGUGAGUGUGAGUAAGAUCCAAAAUUUAGCACGCCGAUAUUGCGGUGAGCCGAAGCCUUCGCCUGCGACCACCUCAUCGAUGGGUUCUGGCACGCUGUCAUCAACCGAUAUCUUUCCAUCCAAAAUUGAUCAACUGAAUGCGCUAUGGCACGCAAAACAAAUCAUCGAAUUGGCUGUCAGCUUAAGGCAGGACAUUUCCAAUUCUAUAUCGGUUGCAGAAGGUCCUCAUUUCAGCUACUGUGUUUACUUCUCAGCCUUAACCCUAUGGUAUGCAGAAUGGCAUUCUUUAUCUCCCGAUUUUGAAGAUCCGAGAUCCCAAAUAUCCGAGAACGGUGCGGCCGCCUCGUUGAAUAUAGCUAUCGAUGUUCUUUCGGCAUCGCCGGUGCAAAUCGCGAAAAAGUUUAUUCCUACCCUGCAGUCACUGGUUGGAAAUGUACCGGGCUAA